UUGGCUUUGCCCAAUUGCCAAUUACCCCUCUCUUUUUAUUUAUGCCUUUAUUACCCUCCCUCAAAGGCACUGGGCCCCACCCCCCAUCAAAACGUAAACACAAACCCUGAACCACAACGUGACGAGGUGACACUGUUCCAAUGCAACAACAAAGAACCGUCCAUCAUGCGGGACCAACUACGUCAACUCCCUUUGUCCGUUGCACGUUUUGAAUUUCAAAUCUCGUAACGCCAACGCCAACUUAUGUUACAUUACAUCCCUUCACGACCCUCUCUCUCCCCAACAUCCUAGGCUGGCUGUAACUGAGUCAGUUACAUUUUAACAAAACUUUGGCUCUUAUUUGAGCUCAUUUGACAGACACUUCAUUCAAGGAAGUAAGAAGUAGAAGCAGCACCUGCUUCAUGAUGGGUGCCUCAGGAAAAUGGGUAAAGGCAUUAAUCGGACUUAAGAAACCAGACAAAGAGGAGCAUGUGAAAGAGGGUGGUGGUAAGAGCAAGAAGUGGAGGCUAUGGAGGAGUUCUUCUGGGGACACGGGGGUUUCUUGGAAGGGUUUCAAAGGAGGAAACCACAGCGCGGUAGCUUCUUCUGAAGUGGGGUCUGAUUCUUCUCCACAUGUUGUAGCAGCAGCAGCAGCAACAGGCGCGGCUUUCACAGCAGCAGUAGCCACUGUGGUUCGAGCUCCACCUAAAGAUUUCAGACUCGUCAAGCAAGAAUGGGCCGCUAUAAGAAUCCAAACUGCUUUCCGCGCCCUCUUGGCAAGAAGGGCUUUGAGGGCAUUGAAGGGAGUGGUGAGGAUUCAAGCUCUUGUUCGGGGGAGACAGGUGAGGAAGCAGGCUGCGGUGACAUUGAGGUGCAUGCAGGCCUUGGUUCGUGUUCAGGCCCGAGUUAGAGCCCGUCGUGUCAGGAUGUCCAUAGAGGGCCAAACUGUGCAGAACUUGCUCAAUGAAAGACGCAGUAAGCUUGAUCUUUUGAAGCAAGCUGAGGAAGGAUGGUGUGACAGCAGAGGAACGUUGGAAGAUGUUAAGACAAAGAUACAAAUGAGGCAAGAAGGAGCUUUCAAAAGGGAAAGAGCAAUGGCUUACUCUCUUGCUCACAAACAAUGCAGAUCAACACCAAGCCCUAAUCCACGAACACGUGCCUCAUUUACCUCUCUUAAGAGUCAUGAGAUGAACAAAGCUAACUGUGGGUGGAGUUGGUUGGAGCGUUGGAUGGCAGCAAAGCCUUGGGAGAGUAGAUUGAUGGAACAAUCACAAUCUCAGGCUGAAGCCUUAGAUAAAACCCCACCUCCAAAGAAGUUUGUGGAAUCCUUUGUGAGCUCUAAUUCCAAACAAAGCAUGGUCAAAGUCAAGAAGAACAACGUCACAACAAGGAUUUCAGCUAGGCCACCCCUUGUUGGGCAAGCUACUCGCUCAUCCUCAAGUCCAAGUUCUGAGUUUCGAUACGAUGAGAGUUCUGCAUCAUCUUCCAUUUGUACAUCCACAACACCAAUGUCUGGGAACACUUGUGACAGGACUGAGGAUAGUAAUGGUAAUGCUGUUGUUGCUAGGCCUAAUUACAUGAACCUGACUCAGUCCACAAAGGCAAAGCAAAAGACAAGUGGCAAUCAUGUAUAUAAUAGAGCUCAGAGGCAGCAAUCCAUGGAUGGGUUUCAAUUCCUCAAGAGGGCAGCGGUUUUCUCCACUGCGGAUUCUGACCCUUCAAUCAACUUUUCUAGGCCACUUCACUUGGACAAGAGUUCAGUGAUGGCACGGUGAAAGGGAUAGAAUCUGGUGGAAGCUCGACAUCUUUGUGUAUUUAUUGUUAUUAUUUUUUUUUCCAAGAAGUUCAACAUCUUGUUGUUCCAUGCAAUUUAAAUUGAGUUAGUUAGCUGGCUAGAAGUAGCUUUUGUGUUUGGGAAUACUUGUGAGGGGUCUCCAUUUUGUAUAAUUGUUUAUUUGUGGGUUUUGAUAUUACUCAGUGCUGAGAGGCUUAUCCAGAUAAAUCAACUUAAGCAUAACUAUAUGGGGAAACACUCCUUUGGUUAACACA